UUCUACAUUGAUAAUAUGAUGUGAAACAGUGAACAUGGAACACUACGACAAGCCUUAAAAUUGUUUGGGGUCCGGCAAAUUGCUCAGAAUUUAUUGUUUGUGUUUGGUUAAUAAUUCAAUAAUAGUAAUGUGUAUAAUAUUAUAAAUUUAUUAUCCGGUAAAAUACUCUUCAAUAGUUUUGUGCGAAAAAAAGCGCAACAAUGACAAAAUCUGCAAACAGUCGUUUAGGGAGACAAAGUUUGUGUAUACUACAUUUAGUGCCCUCAACAAUUUUUAUUGUAAUUUUUACGUCGUUGAUUCUUACUGAAUUUACUGAAGCUUCUGAAGAAAAAGAAAUAAUCUUUGCUGAAAUCGGAAAAAAUAUUACAAUUAAAUGUAUAUCCGAAAACAAGAAUGUUACUUGGAGUUACAAUGAUGAACCUUUACUUUUUCCAAACAAAAGAUUUUUUCUAAAUAUUAAGGACGUUAUCUCCGACACCGAUGGAAAUGCCAUCGAGGAAAAAAAGAAUGUAUUUGAAUACUCAAUAACUAUAAAUAAAAUUAAAAAAUCUGAUGGAGGUUCUUAUAAAUGUCAAACGAAUGUAAAUGAUACGUUCAAAAUAUUUCUCGUUCAACCUUUUGUAGAACCUAAAAUAAUAGAAAGUAACAACGCAAGAGAAAAGCAGAAAAUUGGACAUGCAGUUACCCUUUUUUGUUUAAUUGAAGCCUAUCCUCAAAACGACUCUUUUCAUAAACAAUUAAAGUGGUUAAAAGACGAAAGUUCGUUCGAUUUUCUAGAUAAGUCAACGAUUAUAAAACAAAUAAAUAGUACUCAUGUUAAUAAUACUCUCGAGCUUGCUGAAGUUUACAAGAAGGAAAAUGGUUCUUAUGCUUGUGUUGUUUACGGAACUGAAGGCGAAGAAGUUGCCAGGCGAAGUAUAGACUUGUUGGUAAUGGAUGUUCCUCAAGUAAACAUUGAUUAUGUUAAAGCAGUGGGAGCAAGUAGAAUAUAUUUGAACUGGACUCUUAAUGAUGGAAACGAUCCUAUUCAAAAAUUUUUUAUACAGUAUAUGCAAGAUGGUUCUCCGAUAUUCGAUUUUUAUGAUCACAUCAUAGGAGGAAAAAAUACAUCAUAUGUAUUAGAAAACUUUAUUCCUAAUUCAAGUUAUUUACUGCGAUUGUCUGCGAAAAAUAGUAUAGGUGAGGGUGUACCGCAUCAAUAUCCGCAAAGUAUUAGAACAUUACAGGAAGAUCCAAUUUUCAUUCCUAAAGUAAAAACUACAGGAAGUACAUCGUCUACUAUAACAAUAGGUUGGGAUCCACCACCAUCGGAACUUUUGGAGUUUAUACAAUAUUAUGAGUUAGAAGUAUCAGAAGCAGGUGAUGUACCUGAAGUAGUUGAAGCAACUGUUUACCACCAGAAUUCAAGAAAUUUGCCAUAUAUGUUUGAUAAUUUAAAAACCGCAACUGAGUACUAUUUUAAAGUACGAGCCUGUAGUGAACUAACAAAACUUUGUGGUCCGUGGUCAGAAAUUGUUAAUGGAACAACAAUGGAUGGAGUUGCAUCAAAACCUACUGAUCUUCAAGUAAUGUGUAUCCCACAUAAUAUGUCUGGCAUAAACUCAAAUUCAAUACUUGUGACUUGGAACUUGCCAGACAUUCCAAACGGUAAAGUACAAUCAUAUCAUAUAACUUUAGAUGGUGUGUCCACAUAUAAAUUAGGUGACAAGAUGCAUAAUGAAGUUUGGGGCCCUAAGGUGCGACGGGUUGCAGAACCUUUGCGUAAAGCAAUUUACGAAGGUGUAAAUCCAAAUACAAACUAUACUGUCACUGUUGCGGCAAUAACGCGACACAAGAAAGUUGGAGAACUUGUAAUUGGUAAAUGUACUAUGCCUGUUACUGUUCCAGAAUCCAUUAAUCGCGCUACUUGGAAUAAGGUGAAAACUACAGAUAGCACCUGUAUUUUCAAAGUAUUUCUUCCAAAAAUUAGUGAAAGAAAUGGCCCAAUAUGUUGUUAUAGAUUAUAUUUAGUAAGGCGCGAAAAUUCUAAAAAUGAAUUACCUCCUCCUGAAAAACUUGACAUUUCAACAUACAACGAAGUGCACUCAACGAACAAUACGUUUGGUGGUGCGUAUAUUGCAGAAAUGUUUUCCGGGAACAAUUUUAGGUCGGAAAUAUUCUUAGGUGAUGGGAAACGAUUUAUUGAAAUUGAUGGCGGAAAUUUAGAUAAGAACGACAAUGAUUGUCGUAAAUGUUUGGGUGGUAAACCAUUUUUAAGAAAACACACAUUUGAGCUUAUCAUACCAACAUCCACAGAAACACCACAGAAUAUUCCCGUAUAUCCAGAAUUAUCUCAGAGACAACAAUUAAAUAAAGCAUCAAAUCUAACUGAAGCAGCAUCCAAAAUUCUAGACAACAAAAGAAGACGUCGAAGGAAUCCGAAAAUUGUAACCGGAGAAAGUGCGCAAACCAUUUCUAGUGAAGCUGAGCAACCAACGUAUGCACAUGAAAUUGUUUCUUUAAAAGCGUUUGAAGAGGUAUUAGAUGGACCACUCGAUAUGAAUAGUAACUAUACAGGAUUUUUAGAAGUUAUAGUUCGCGAUGGUCAUCAAAUUUUAACAGCAUUUAGUAAUUAUUUUGAGACUAUAACACCCGGCACUGAGGCGGAACAAUUUGAUACUGGUGAUGAUUUAUCUCUGUUUUUCAAUAUCGCUUUACAGUUGUCAGCAGCAUUAUUCGUAGUUAUCUUAAUAUUGAUUGUUGCGCUAUGUUUCCUUCACUAUAAUACUAAAAACUCGGCAUCUGGCGAAGAAGUAAUCAGUCUAAGAGAUUCCUUAAGCAGAGCACUGUUUGGUGGACGAACUGGUAACCAUAGACAUUUUAUCGGGACCACAAAUGCGAAAAUAUCAGACAUAGGCCCCAUACAUAAAACUGAUUUAUAUACAGCGUAUAAAAAUAGACAUAAGGAUACUGAUUACGGAUUUCUACGGGAAUAUGAAAUGUUACCUAAUAGGUUUAGCGACAGGACGACAAAAAACUCUGAUAUGAAAGAAAAUACGUUAAAAAAUAGAUAUCCAGAUAUUAAAGCCUACGAUCAAACUCGCGUAAAGUUGUCACAACUGAAUGGCAUACAAGGUUCAGAUUAUAUAAAUGCCAACUUUGUAAUAGGGUACAAGGAACGAAAAAAAUUUAUUUGCGCUCAGGGACCAAUGGAAAGCACAAUAAAUGACUUUUGGCGUAUGAUCUGGGAACAACAUUUGGAAAUAAUUGUUAUGCUAACAAAUUUAGAGGAAUACAAUAAAUCGAAAUGUGCUAAAUAUUGGCCAGAAAAAAUAUUAGAUUUCAAACAAUUUGGUGAUAUCACUGUUAAAUUUAUUGCUGAAAAGAAGUUGGGAGAUUAUCUUGUUCGUAAUUUGGAUAUAUUCAAACGAAAUUCUGGUAAUGAAGAGGAGGAGGAACGACGGCAAAUAACACAGUACCAUUAUUUGGUAUGGAAAGACUUUAUGGCACCAGAACAUCCACACGGAAUCAUAAAAUUUAUUCGUCAUAUUAACGCAGUAUAUUCAGUACAACGAGGGCCGAUCUUAGUGCAUUGCAGUGCUGGUGUUGGUCGUACUGGUACUUUAGUGGCUUUAGAUUCCUUAAUGCAGCAGUUAGAAGAAGAAGAUCAAGUUGCCAUAUUUAAUACAGUGUGCGACCUUAGACAUCAACGAAAUUUUCUUGUACAGUCUUUAAAACAAUAUAUAUUUUUGUAUCGAGCUUUGCUGGACACUGCUCACUUCGGGAAUACAGAGUUGAGUGCAAUUUCAUUGUCAAAUACUGUUGAAAAUCUUAAAACAAAAGCCAAUGAUGGAAAAGACAAGUGCAAACUGGAAGUAGAAUUUGAGAAAUUAUUAACUGUUGCGGACGAAACUAACAAAUCUUGUUCUGUUGGGAGCAACGAAGAAAACGUAAUUAAAAAUAGAAGUGAAUCUGUAAUUCCAUAUGACAGGAACCGCGUUAUAUUAGCCCCAUUACCAAUGAAAGAUAAUUCGACGUACAUAAAUGCAUCAUUUAUAGAAGGUUAUGAAAAUUCCGAAACUUUUAUUAUAGCACAGGAUCCAAUGGAGAACACAAUUGGAGAUUUUUGGAGAAUGGUUUCCGAACAAAGUAUUUCUACACUUGUUAUGAUAUCAGAGAUAGGCGACGGUAACCGGAAAUGUCCACGAUAUUGGGCUGAUGACGAAAUUCAAUAUGAUCAUAUUGUUGUGAAAUAUAUGCAAAGCGAAAGCUGUCCUUAUUAUACACGCAGAGAGUUUAACGUAACUAAUUGCAAAAUCGAUGAUACAGUAAAGGUGACACAAUUUCAAUAUAACGGCUGGCCGACGGUAGACGGAGAAGUACCAGAGGUUUGUCGUGGUAUUAUAGAAUUAGUAGAUCAAGCACAGAGUCAUCACAAUAAGAACAAAAACACAGGAUGCAAAUCUCCAUUAACUGUACAUUGCAGUCUAGGGACAGAUCGCAGUUCUAUUUUCGUUGCCAUGUGUAUUUUAGUACAACAAUUAAGGACAGAAAAAGGUAUCGAUAUCUGCUCAACAGCAAGAAAGAUACGAUCUCAACGGCCAAAAUUGUUAAAUACAUAUGCACAAUAUGAGUUCCUUCAUCGCGCUAUUGCUAACUAUGCCGAUUUACAUAGAUUGUCAGCAGAUUUAGCUCCAGAGUGUUAAUAUGUAUUUUGAUGUGGAAAUAAAUUCACUUAAGAUAUUAUACAUACUACAAGUACAUAUAAAUAUAUAAAUACGAUAGCAUACAUACAUAUUUGAUAACUAUAGCCAUGCUAGUUCGUAAUAUAUGCAACUCAUAUUAAUUAAUCAUAAUCAUUUCUGUAAAAACUGAAAAUUAAACAAAGAUUGUGUAAAAUUAGAAAAAAAUGAAAAUGAAAAAUCUGUCUUAAUAUAGUGCAUAACCAAAGGAAUAUACAAAUUAAAAAGUAUUUUAAAAAAUAUAU